AUGUUCCAGAAUGUUCUAAACGCUGUGAUCCCGAACGCACCUAAUCUUCGUCACAUCUGCUUACAGACCGGGCGGAAGCAUUACUUUGGACCUUUCGAUCUAUGGGGGAAAUUCCAGCAUCACGAUACACCAUUUUACGAAGAUCUUCCUCGAUUGGAUUGUCCAUGUUUUUAUUACAUUCAAGAAGAUAUUUUAUUCGAGGAAGUCUCCAAGGCAGAUGGGCGAAUUACGUGGUCGAUUCACCGGCCGGGAAUAAUCCUUGGUUUCUCUCCUUACAGCAUGAUGAAUAUGAUAGGAACGCUCUGUGUAUACGCAACGAUCUGCAAGCAUGAAGGUCUUCCAUUCAAAUUUCCUGGAUCGAAGGGAGCCUGGGACGGUUAUUUCGAUGUAUCUGAUGCUGAUUUGAUAGCGGAGCAUCUGAUUUGGGCGGCGGUGGAUCCUUACGCGAAGAACGAGGCGUUUAAUAUAAGCAAUGGCGACUUGUUCAAAUGGAAGCAUGUGUGGAAGAUAGUGGCAGAGCAAUUCGGUGUGGAGGAAGCAGAGUUUGAGGAAGGGUUCAGUUUGGAGGAAGCUAUGAAGGGGAAGGAAGGAGUUUGGGAAGAGAUUGUAAGAGAGAAGGAACUGGCGGAGACGAAGCUGAAGGAAGUGGGGAAUUGGUGGUUUGUUGAUGCCAUUUUCAGUGGGGAAUGUCCUCUGGACUCCAUGAACACCAAGAGUAGAGAACAUGGAUUUUUGGGUUUUAGGAACACUCAAAAAUCAUUCAUCACUUGGAUUGAUAAGAUGAAGGCAAGCAAGAUUGUGCCUUAAUCAUCAUGCUCCUAA